GCUCAGCACUGUCCAACCCACCAUCACCACCACCACCAACACCACAUCGCAACCUCGACCUGCGCCUGAAAACCUCCUUCAGACCACAAGCCGUCGACUUUUCCACCGUGCAACCUGGCUCUUCACCUCACCCGCUUACCGUCGCUUCACCUGUCAUCCCUCCUCCAGUCAUAUCCCGCCCUCAGUGACACCUCCAUGGUCAGCUAAUAAAGGGUUCUGUCCGGCUCAGGGCUUAUGCUCUGAGCCUGUUCGCAAACCUCACGAAACACCCUCUCAGGCCCAACACAAGGUGUCUUGAAUUGCCAAAAUCCCAUUGCGUCUCAAAGAUCUAUUCAGAAUGGAAGCAACUGUGGAGGUCGAGGAAUUGCCCACUAAAUCAAUGGCCAAGGGCGCAGAGACUCUUUUGGCGAAGCAUCUUCAUGGCAAGAAACAAGAGUGGGAUGCCAUUACGGCACAUAAAGAGCCUUUGCGCCUGCUGGAUUUGCCCGUCGAUAUUCUACAAGCCAUUCUUCGAGAGCUGACGCACACCAACGACCUGACAUCCCUCGCUCUGACCCAUUCAGCCCUCCACGCACUGGUUAUCCCUCAUAUUUACGCCCGCUUUGACAUUGUCUGGCCGGAUGCAAAUGCAACAUUCGAGAAUCGCAUGGGUGUUGAUGCUCUAACCUACGGACUAGCAACCCUGGUUAUGGCUCAGGACGUUUUUGGGGAGGCCCCGUAUCAGCAGCAACCUCAACAUCAAUGUCAGAGUUGCGGUCACCAAAAUCAGGCCGCGCAUACGACCCUGGAGCGGCCUAAAAAGAUUCGGCGUGGCAAUCACUUUGCUCAGUACACCCGAAAAUUCAGCCUAGGGAAUGGGCCCGCCGAGUGGGUUCAGGAAUACCUCAUCACGAAAGAGGGAGGGAAGAUGCUAGGGACUUUGGUCGCGCUCGCGGUAGGGAGGAUGCGGAAUCUAGAAGCUUUCAUUUGGGACAUGCCCACAGGCGUCCUUCGAGAUGUCUGGAUGGCUCUGGCUUCGCUCGGCAAUCGCGAUGAUGGACAGGAAUGUCGUCUCGAAAGAGUCUGGGUUCGCUGGCAUGACAACCAAGACCAGGGGCCUUUGGCGUCUCCCCCGCCACCGGGAUCCGUUCCAGGGCCGCAGGCUUCCAACUUGCCGUCGAUACUGGCGGGAUCUGCCAACUCUCUCUUCCAGAUCCCACCAUAUCCUCGAGUUGAGUUUCCAACAUUUUCGAUUCUGCCACCUCUCAAGAGCUUAAGUGUCCUCGAUAUUGACGAAUUACCCUACGCGGAGGAGAUGAGUGUUCUCAUCGAGAGGUCCUUAGGGAGAAUCCAAGAGCUCCGCGUAGGCAUAGCUUCGCACGCUCAGUUCGACAUAUGGGCCCGGCCCUCAGAAGAUCGAACCUCUAUUCUGCCUCCCCUUAUGCCUGGCAUGAGUGACCAGACUCCGCGGCCAGGAGGUAUCCUUGGUAUCCUCGUGCAUCGAUUCUGCGACGCCUUCUCUCAUUAUGCUCAGAGUCGACCGUCAUCGACCCUAGACUCGCAACAGGAUCCGGCCCAAAACGCUGUGACUGUGGACACGUCUCGAGAACAGGAGAGAGAGGAAGAUGGUCAAGGCCCAGUCAGCACUUCAGAGAUGAACCAGUUGGGUGCCCUAUUGUCCGCUCACAGUAUCCAGGAUGACCACUCUGAUGUGGUUUCUGCCUCAUCGACGAAACAACGAUCACUUGAAGACCCCAGCCUCGUCUCGAAUCCUAGUCAACUACACAGUGCCGGCGACGCAUUUCAGGACUCACAGAGAGAAGGCCGCCCGGCACGAAAGUUGCAGCUGGAAACGCUGGAACUGGAACGGGUCUACCUGUCAAUAGCCGUGCUUUCAAAAGCGAUCGACUGGUCACGACUGACGACUUUAACUCUUCUAGGGUGCCGAAACCACGAUCAGUUGUGGAAAGCGCUUCGAAAACGCUUCACUCCGACAAGCCGGAGGAGAGUGUCGGCAACACCGUUCAGGAUUUCGGCAAAUGGGAUGUCGAGCAUGUUGCUUCGGUCACAAAUCAGCACGCCGCCAACCCCUGUACCCUCGUCGUCUGAUUAUCCCCUGAGAUUGAGGCGGUUACACACUGACAUGGUGUCUCCAUCGUUGAUCGCGUUCAUCAAAGAUACUCUUGCAUCGGACAGCCUCGAAUGGCUUUUCCUUCAAGAGAACACGACUUACAAGUCGCCGGUGUCCAUCGACAUGAUCUACAAAAGCGCAAUCCGGCGGCAUCGUUCUAGCCUAACCAAGCUGCUCAUCGACAGCACACUCCGAACCGAGGACCCAGAUCGUCCUAAUACCAACUGGAGGAGGUGGGUGUGCAGCCGGGAGCUGAUCACUUGUAUUACCAGCGGCAAAAUGAAACUACGAGAGUUGAGCAUGUCAAUUGAUUACAAGGACUGGCACUAUUUCCUCCGGCGUUUGCCGAACGCGACGACCCUGCGCUCAUUGCACAUCUCGCAUAUCGCCGAACACAUCAACGGCACGGUCCACUCUCGCGAAGCGGCAUCGCAAGUCCUUGAUAUCGUCGCCCUCAGACCCGAGCUUGAACUGUGCUACCUCGGAAUCCAGGGCCAGUGUUUCGAAAUCUUGGAGUAUGCGAGUACUCGAAAGGGUCCCAAUUCAGGAACGAGUGGCGGUGAUCACUCCGGAGACGAUGUUGGACCAGAUGGCGAGACAGCGGCGCCAAAUCCCAGCCAAACCCAGACGCAUCACGACCACGACUCUCACGACGAGGAACCGGGUGACAAUGGCGAAGGUGGAGACCCGAAUGACGACAGCGACUUUGACGCCGUUUCCGACGAUGUUAACGACCUGACGGAUGAUGAGGACGGGAGCGAAAAUGGAGGAGAAGGCGCCAAUUCGGGGGGGCCGAAACCGACCUGGAGGUUAAGAGAGAUCUUGUUCUACGAUGACAAGAUUUCGAUCUUCAAGGCGAGGCACGGACGGUUAUAAUACGAAUGCAAAUGUAAUCCAGAGAAUGCUAAGAGUUGGACUGUGAAACAAUGAUAGGGAAGCAUGGGCUAAAGGAACGGGAGCUUGGUAUGAAUGGGGGGGACUCUGGAAAUUGGGCUGAGGCGUGACUGGGGGACCUGCGACGGUAGAGUGUUGACAGGCAUUUCUACUUGGACGGCGCCCUACGACAUAUGGCAACGACAGCGUGAAGCACAAUCCAAAAUCAGACCUCAAGCUGCUUUUUGCGGGCCGCUUGCGAACCACCACAAUAUCAUAUAUAUAUAUAUAUCUAGUACGAAAUACAAUCAAAGCGAUGACGAGGA